AUGGACCACACCUACCAAGCCAUCGUCGCCGCUAUCGGCAGCUUCUUCGUCGUCACGCUCCUCCUCGCCGCCGCCAUCCUCCUCUGCCAGCAGUACCGCAACUCCUCCAAAGCCCGCACCCGCAGCACUCAGAUUCGAACCCGACCCGGCCCCACCCGUGACGCCUCUUUCUCCCUCGCCGUCGUCGAUGCCAGCUGGUCCUCCGACCCCAACCUCAUCAAGAUCACGUGGGAGGAGCUCGCCCUCGCCACCGACAACUUCUCCCCGCACCUCAUCGUCGGGGACGGCAGCUUCGGCCUCGUCUACAAGGCUCGCCUCUCCACCAACGCCCUCGUCGCCGUCAAGAAGCUCUCCCCAGACGCCUUCCAGGGCUUCCGCGAAUUUAGGGCGGAGAUGGAAACCUUAAGCAAGCUCAACCACCCAAACAUCGUCAGAAUCCUCGGGUACUGGGCCUCAGGCCCGGAACGCUUACUGGUCUACGAGUUCCUCGAAAAGGGAAACCUCGACCACUGGCUCCACGAGCCCGAUCUCUCUCACUCCCCCCUGUCCUGGGAAACCCGCGUCAACAUCAUCCGCGGCGUGGCCCAUGGGCUUGCCUACCUCCACGGGCUCGAGAAGGCUGUCAUUCACCGCGACAUAAAGGCCAGCAACAUCUUGCUGGACUCCAAAUUCCAGUCCCACAUCGCUGACUUUGGGUUGGCGCGCAGGAUCGACAAAACGCACUCCCAUGUGUCUACACAGUUCGCAGGCACUAUAGGGUACAUGCCGCCCGAGUACAUAGAAGGGUCCAAUGUGGCUAACACGAAGGUGGAUGUGUAUAGUUUUGGGAUUUUGAUGAUUGAGACCAUGUCGAGUCACCGGCCCAAUUUGCCGAUGAAAUUGGGCCAGAAAGACAUCGGGAUUGUCCAGUGGGCCAGGAAGAUGAAAGAGGAAAAUGCGGAGAUGGAGAUGGUUGAUGUGAAUAUUUCUAGAGAAGGGUUGAGUGAGGAGAGUAUUAAGGAGUACGUGCGCAUCGCCUGUGAGUGCACCAGUCAGAUGCAGAAGGAAAGGCCCGACAUGCCACGAGUUGUGCAAUGGCUGGACUCCUUGCCACUCUCAAGCUUUUGA